AUGUCACCUACGGUCCCCUUAGUCUCAGCCCAAACAAAAACUUUAAUGCAGAGGAAAAGUCUGGACUGGUUUCACAGGCCUUUUAAAAAGCGGACUUAA